AUGGAAGCGAUAGGGACAAUCAGCAACAUUGCUGGCAUUUUGUCCGCCGGAAUACAAGUUUGCGAGGGGCUAAUCAAUUACUAUAAUACCUGGAAAGGUAGUAAAAAGGAGAAUGCCGACAUGAUUAAGUCUAUCGAAGGCCUUUUGACGAACUUUGCGCUACUGAAAGCAGUCUUACAAAGUCCAGCUUUCGAUAAGGCAAUGACGACAACUGUGGAGUCUAAGAUUUUGGACUGUGAAGACAGUAUCGCAGAGUUGGGUGAUGAAUUGAAGAAGGUCAUGGUCUGCAAACCUUCUGUCGUAAAUGUAGAUGAUUUGGUCGCGAGAAAAAAUCAUGACAACCAGGGCUUUAGGGACAAGAUGACAGAACAGGGAAGAAGAAUUUUAUAUCCAUUCAGAAAAAGUACAUUGAUGAGGUUGCAAGAGAGCGUCGAACACGUGAGGAGUAACCUGGUUUUUGCUAUGGAUAUUUUGAAUUUGUCUACGGUAUCGACGACUGCAGAGAAAGUCGUCGAUAUUUCGAACCAAGUUACAACGAUUAGUGACAGUGUAGACGCUAUUAUCACUCAACAGAUGGAUAAAGAGAGUUUAAAGGUUCUCAAAUGGUUAUCAGCAAUAGAUUGCCAUUCCAAGCAACGCGAAAUAUUAAGCCGAAGACAGGAGGGCACCGGAGAAUGGCUUUUCAAAAGCCAAGAAUACCAAAAUUGGCUAGGUGGAAAGGAUAGGUUACUGUGGUGCUCAGGCCCCCCCGGAGCCGGCAAAACAGUCCUUACUUCCGCCAUUGUUGAUGAUUUGGAAACAAGAUUUUCAGUAUCGAAUGUUGGAAUAGCAUUCAUAUAUUGCAACUACGCAGAGAAAAUAAGCAUCGCCGAAUAUCUCGCUAGCAUUAUACAGCAGCUUAUCCGACAACGAUAUGUAAUACCGGAUUACAUUCUUGAUUUAUAUCACAAACAUAGGUCUAUGGGAACCAACAUUAAUGCCGCCGAAGCUGUUCACUUGCUGCACAUAUUAGCAUCCGAGUUUCCUCGUUUGUAUAUAGUUGUUGAUGCCCUAGACGAGUGCGAGGAAACAAAGAAAACAAGGACGAAUCUCAUUCGGCAAUUACAGAAUUUGCCCUCAAAUGCACAUCUCCUCCUUACUUCACGUCGCCUAGGAGAUAUCGAAGAGAAGCUAUCUGAUCAUCCGCACCUCGAGAUUCGAGCUAGUGAUGAUGAUGUUCGUGUGUAUUUGGAGGCACGAAUAGAUAUGGAGGAGAACAUCUUAAAAUUCUGCAAGAAAGACCCGACGAUACGAAAAACAAUCGUCGGAAAAAUUGCCGAAAAAGCUCAUGGAAUGUUCCUCCUCGCCCAUAUGCACAUGGAAGCUAUAGCUUCAGAACUGAAGAUCAGUCGUGUUAGAAAAGCAUUGACAGUUCUACCAGAAAUCAUUUACAAAACUUAUGACGAUGCCAUGAAAAGAAUCAUGGAGGGGCAAGAGACGAAUCGCAAAAUCUUGGCCAUGAAUAUUUUGAUGUGGCUCUCUUGUGCAAAAAAGCCUCUGACUGUGAGUGAGCUGCAGCAUGCUGUGGCUAUCAUGGAACUCGGCCCUGAUGAGAGCGAAUUAGAUGAAGAUGAUUUUUACGAUCAAGAUUUGCUUUUGACAGUCUGUGCUGGUCUCGUGGUGAUCGACCCAGAGAGCGGUGUUAUCCGUUUGUGUCAUUUUACUCUCCAGGAAUACUUUGAGCGCCAUCGUGAAAAGUUUUUUCCUAAUUCUGGUGUGUUGAUUACUCAAGCUUGCAUCAGAUAUUUGUCCUUGGACAACUUCAUAGAGCCCGAAAGUCCAGAUCGCGAGACAAUCAAGACUCGACUCAAGGAGUAUCCCUUAUUAUCAUAUGCGAGCCAAUAUCUCGGUGUACAUGCUCAAGGUGCAGCGGAAAUAGAUCUCAUGGAUGAUAUCCUACAUUUCCUCAAUCAGAAAACACUCGUUAAUAGCGCAUCUGCUGCUAUGAUACCUUUCAGCAUACGACAUACGAUCGAAUUCCCUCCUCCAAUUGUCGCUGCGGCUAUGUUCGGUUUGCCAACAAUCGUCGGCGAAUUGCUUAAGAGAGGAGCAGAUAUUGAAGCAGUCUGCCCAAAGGACUUCACACCUUUAUUGAUUGCAGCGGAGUUAGGUCACUUCCCUGUAGUUCAACUCCUUAUCAAUUCCAAAGCAAACCUUUUUGCUAAAGAUUAUCGACAAGAAAAUGCUCUCCACAAAGCUGCGCGAAAGGGAAAUGUAGAGAUUGUAAAGCAACUCGUUUCUGUCCAACCGUCUCUAAUCGAAAUUCCAUAUGAAGAGCAUUUCAACAAAACAGCACUCCAUAUCGCCAUUGAUCGCCGGCACGAAGGAGUUAUCAGAGCUUUGAUAGAAGCUGGAGCCGAUGUCAACGCAUCAGAUGAAUUGAGUUUGACUCCAUUAAUGAAAGUGGUAGUAGAUAAUCUUCCAGAUGCCAUUGAUCUGCUUAUUGAAAAGGGAGCACAUGUUGAUGCGAAAGGUUUUCGCGAACAUGCUGCCUUAUCUAUGGCAGCAAACGCAGGAAACAUUGUGGCCGUUAAAAAGUUGCUAGCAGCAGGAGCUGAAGUUGAUGCUGGCAAAGAUACUUACUCUGGUACUGCAUUGGUUCGUGCCGCCAGUUCAGGUCACAAGAAUGAUACCCUUGUUGCCAAGGAACUCAUUCUGCAUGGUGCGGAUGUGAAUGCGGUAUGUAAUGGAGAAACAGUACUCAUGCAUUCUGCUUUACAUCCUUCUGUCAUGAAGCUGUUAAUAGAGGCCGGUGCUAAUAUCGAAGCAAAGGAUGCUGAGGGCGAAACUGCGUUACAUAAGGCUGCAAAGGUUGGCCGUGAUGAUAGUGUUCAAGCUCUCAUUGAAGCGGGUGCUAAUCUCCAUGUGAAGACUUUCGAAGGAAACACAGCUUUAUCUUUGGCUAGGCAAUUAAGAAAUAGAGGUCCGCAUCCAGAAGUCAUUGCUUUGUUGAAAGGGGCGAUGAAAAUGAAUCCUCUUGGUACUGUUACUUAA